GUCCCCGCGUUACGCUUGGACCAUCGGCUCGGGUUUUGCACGGUUGUAUCCAGUAUAGCUCGUCAGCAGCUGCAUAUUGCAUCGAGUGCGUUUUCACGGUGUUUGACUUUUGGGCUUGCUAACACACACCUGGUAGUGUUCACGCUUGUUUUGUGUUACUGUUCGCUUCUCGGUAACCAACCUGGAAAGAAAAUAAUGGAUACUAACUUUAUUCAACGUUUCAUGCGAACUUUUAUAGAGCACCCAACAUCCUGAAGAGACGAGAAAUAAUGAAUGAAACUAAUUGGUCCACUCGAACAGUAUAGUAACACUCCUAAAAAUACAGCUAAUUAGCUCUUAUUUGCACAGAUUGUGCCAUAGGCUCCUUGCGGUCCUUACUGAGACUUUUUAAGAUUUGCAGUUAAACAAACCAUCGACUUUUCCCUGUUCUUUUAGCAAAUUCAAAAGCCAACUUUUAUAAAUACACUUUGUCUUGGGAAACUGCGGGACUUACCGACAGUUCGUCAGUCAGUCAAUAAAGAAGUCAAGGCCAAAGACAGCAGGCCCUUCCCAGCUGGAUUCUCUGAUGGAUGUAAUAACAGGUUCAUACCUAUGUGGCCAGUGGCCCCGCGAGUUCCCUCGGACGCAGCACGCCUGCAUGACGGACAAGGCCACACAGACCCCUGGGGUUUGGACAGAUGAUUGGAGAGGACUGAAAAAACACAGGCGUUCGUCAUCCUGGUCAAGUGCUGAUCAUCGGAGAGAAAUUACCAAACUGUGUCUACAGGUACGGCAGAAUGUUGUGGGAAUUCAGCAUAAUAAGGAGAAAGAGAAGGAGGCAGUUUCCUCACUUAGCCAAGUUCAGACUAAACUGAACCCAGCAUCCAUAGCCAAUGGAUCCAUCGCGAAGCCAGCUAUGUGCAGACUGAGCAGCUGUAAUGACAGUAUUAACCAUGAACUGGAGAGUGUGUUUGUCACGGAUACCUGGGGAAAACAGCACGAGAGGGAGUUGCAGGAUGGACGGUGUGCACCAGUUCCCCCUCAUCCGAGCAGUGAUCCCCACAUGCUGUGCGCCGAUGCCCACCUUUGUUCCCACGGCAAACGCAGCCUCCACGCCUUCUCUGCCAGUGACCCGACGGACGACAAUGUAAAUGAGAGCAGCUCACCACUCCCCCUGCUGGUCAGCUCUCCCAAGCCCAACAACAGCUUCGUCUUCAAGCGUGUUCCUCCUGAGGGCUGCGAGAAGGUCACGGUGUUUGAGGAGAUUGUGUCACAUGGCUUCCCCAUCUUCUCCUGUCCUGACAGAAACCGGGUGAGCUUCGUCCCGACGGGCGCAGGACCAUUCUGUCCUGUAAGAACACCAGCCUCGCUCCCCACUCCCCUACAACUGCAGGUCCCAGAACGUUCCCACCACGGGGUCGUCCAGCCUGGCCAGGGGCCGAGGCAGCCCCCCACAGCCUCUAUUGCCGGUGCUGGCUCCAGCAGCGGAGCUGGCCGGAGGGAUCCCCCAGGCACCGAAGGUCCAGGCCACAGGCUCGGGUGCUGAGACACCCGAGGAAUGCCGCAGCUGCAGCUUGGAAAUAUUUGACAGGACUAUUGCCAAACCACUACAGGCCUCCUGCAGUUGCCAAUAUUGUACUUAAUACUACUGCCAUCUGUAAGCUGUAGUUACUGCAUGUCCAGCUUUCUAUUAAAAAGUGACAGUGUCAGAAUGAUAGACUUA